AUGCCGGAAAACGACCACGUCCAGGGCGAGCGCCUCCAACAACAAUACGAAGUGCGGCCAGACCCGCACGCCCUAACCAGCAACCCCGACCCGUCGCAAAACAGCAGCUCGGGCGUCGACUACGAGCCGCACCCGGAGAAGAGCAUCAGCAUCGAGCCCGCGCGCCAGGCCAUUAUCGACAAGAUCACGCGGCUGUACAGCGGCAGCGCCAGCGAGGAGGACAUGCACGUCUACGCGGCCGAGGCCGUGUACGACGACCCGUGGAGCUACUGCGAUACGCGGUACAAGAUUGCCGGGCAGUGGUAUGGCAUCCCCAAGGUCAUGGCGUCUUCGAAGACACUCAAGACAGAGGUGGUCAAGUCGACGCCGUCGGAGCUUAUCUUUAAGCUGCAGCAGGAGUAUACGCCGCGCGUGCUGCAUAUCUCCAAGACGGUGAACUCGCUGGUGUCGCUGGGCUUGGACGAGCAGGGCAAGGUGCGGUAUCAUAAGGAUAUGUGGAAUGAGAAAGACUAUAGCCAUGAGGGGCUGGGUAGGAUCAUGAAAGAGCUGAAUGGUGAUCAUUUGACCAAGAUUACACAGCCGCCAGAGAGCUUGUAG